GGUAAAGUUAAGUUUAAAUCUAGAUUUGCUGCACAAAAACUUACAAUUUUAUUGUUUUUGUGAUAAAAUUAAAUACGGACACAUUUAGCACAUCUAGCAGUAUGUGAUUUGUUGAAGCUGAUAAUGUAUUAUAUAAACUAGUGUUAUGGGAGUCAAAGGAUAUUCUACAGUAUCCGACCUAAACACAAAGAAAAGCCGUCUGGGGUGCUCUGUAUGUAAAAAAAUAAUCAAUAAUGAUACACCGAUUGAACAUUUUUCAUCAAAACCCUGGAUUGAGAAAAAAUAUUUAAAAAACAAGGUUUCUGACAAAAAAAUUAGAGAUUUUGAAUAUAUUAAAUUAUCACCAUCUGUAACAUCAAGACCUAAAAUUAGUGAAUGUUACUGUAAUCGUAUGGAACAAACAAAAAACGAAUCCUUUCCAAAAUUAAUAUGCUCAAAGCGUUUUAAAACGCCAUAUCUGACAGAUGUUGACGAAAAGUGGUUGAAUGAAAUUAUUGAAUUCCGACGUCAAAAUUGGUUUGAUUGUCACGCUGAUUCAUCUAUUGAUAGAAUUUGUGUUCAAAAUAUUAUUCCUUUAAAUAUUUUUAACGAACACAAACUAAAUUGUAGUCAUCAAAAUAAUUCAAUGUCAUUAACUUCUAUUGAUGAUAAUGAGCUAAGUACUGGAAAUCCAUUUGCAUAUUUGGAAAAUAUUAAUGCAGUUAAAAAACACCUAAAUGAACAUAAAAAAACUACUGUUCCUAAAUUUGCUGGUAAAAAAAAAAAAAAUUCAGAUGCAGUUUAUAAACCUUGGAUACCACCAUCAUCAUCAUCAGUUCAUUAUACAUUUUAAUUACUUGAUUUAAGUUAAAAAUAAUAAUGUAUUAUACUUAAAAUAUUUUUCUUUGUUAAAUAGAAAACUAAUUAUUGUUAAGAUUACCUAUGAAUAUUUUAUACAACACAAUAAACACUGCACUAUCAUUGUAUAAUGUAUAUUACUGAUUUUGUAUUUACAUAAAGAAAAAAAAAAUAUGUUGCAAGAAAUAUUAUUUUACAAGUAGGUUACAAAUGCUGUGCACUAAGUAUUGCCAAAUUGUAUAGAUAAAUUAUUUUUGUUUUAAUAUUAUUAUUGAAUAGGUAUAUGUAAUAAGUAAUAACAAUUAAUAAUUAUUCUCAAGAAUUUUCAUAUUAAGCAUUAAAUAAAUUACAUAGUUCUAUAGUGAAUGAUUUCAUUAUAUUAUCUUUAAUUUAGAAUAAAUUGUGUCUAUUCAUCAUGUAUGAUUAAUUAAAUGUGUAUGAAUUUGAA